UAAAUCACGUGACACGCUACGUGCACCAGAUGUGCACCACGACGCCUUCAAAAUAUAAAUUCACAAGAUGUAUACAGUAAAAGGUGAUUACAAAUAUUUCUAAUCAACAUACAUUUAUAUAUGAAUUUAUAAAUCAUUCGUAAACACUAAGUUUCAUUAGUGAUCAGUUACUAGCGAUAAUGUGGGAAAAAUGUAAAAUUACAUAAAUGUAUAAGGUACAAGAUGCCUAUUGCAUGGAUCUAAUAAUAAUUCAGUAGAUGUUCAGUUGGAUUAAAAUGAUUUACGAAAGGUACUGGAGGAAAUCUCCACCGGAGCUGAAAAAGAUAAAGGUUUAUAUAUGGAGACCUUUCGGACAAAAUGUUGGACAUAGUUCCAUGUUACUGCAGGAUGAAACAUAUAUAAGCUGGUGGCCAGAUGGAGAAUGCUCUCAGACAAAUUUCACAAGGCCAGCAGCGCCGCAUACUUCAUUUCAAGAAGAUGCCGAUAUAGAGGGCAAUUCUACUCCACCAACAUUUACAAUUAAGGUUACAGAUGAGCAAAUGCAAAAUAUAAAAGGAUGGUGGGAAGAAUUUAAAUCGAACGAAGAGAACAAGUACAUCAUUAUUAAUAACAACUGUUCUACUGUUAUAUACAACGCAUUGAAACAAGCUUUCCCUGAACUGCACUGUUUUGAGGAAAGGGUCAAAGUGUGGGUGCCUGUCGCUAUUCAGUUGAUAGCUCAAAGUUUGCAAGCUGAGGAAUGUGUUUUUGCAGAAGAAAAUAUCGCUUCGAUUGUGGCCAAAUCGGAAGAUGAAAAAACGGAAAUAGCAGCAAAUGGGGGAGUAAAACGUAAGUAUUUAACAGCGGAUAAAAUUAGAAAAGUCGUUGAUAAAGUGGAAGCUGGGGCGAAGGAAGUAGCUGACAAGAAAGUGGUCAAAAAGUGAUUGAGUUCUAAUUGUUGUAGCAUGAACAUUUAUACGGUGAAUAUUCUUUUCUUGAACAAUUUGUUUUCUGAUGUAUAUGUAUCUCACACUUAAAGACCUUCCGUUAUUGACCAAUUCGAAUCAAGUAAUUAUUGUAACUAUAUGUGAUUGUUCAUCAGUUCGUUGUCUACUUUAAAUUUCUUGUAUUUAAUUCACAAUAAUGUUUAUGAAAAGUAAAUAUCCUUCUGAUUCAAACGCUGUUUCAAAAAUGUAGAAAUUGUUUGGAAUGAUAAUCAUUCACAUUUUAAGUGGCAUCCAAUGAUUUGAAUUUUGCUUUGUAAACAAAAUCAUUGCUAAUGUUUGUGUAGUCGGUAUAUUCCGUAAACGUUACAAUUGUUAAAUGCUGUGAAAUAAAAAUCCUUCGUAGCGCAAUUGGUGAAGGGGUUUCAAUUGAAGAAUGUAGACAUGAACGCCUGAGCCCAAAGAAUGGGUUACCAACAGGAAAAUUGUAUGCAAAUUUGCGUAUUUCAAAGAUAGAGAAAUCGUAAGGAAACAGCGCUUCAAAAUUAAUGGUUAAUAAUUUUUCAUGCAUGAACAGUUCCCGCCUGAGGUUGUGGCAAAACGUAAAAUAUUAAUUCCUAAACUUCGUGAGGCGAAUGCAAAAAACCAUAACGCAUGGAUCUUUUAUGACACAUUAUUUAUCGAUGGAAAACCAAUCAACUUGGAAUAGGAAACAUCGGAGAAUGUGCCCAAAAUAUUAGUGUGGAAUUGUAAUGGUUUAACAGAAAGAGAACUUAAAGAUCCAGAUUCUAUUGAUAAAAUUAGUAAAAAUGAUAUUGUUAUAUUAUCGGAAGCUUGGACAGAUAGUGAGUCUAACAUUGAUAUUGUAAGGCAUGUAAAGCUUUU